GGGUUGACCGCCUCGGCCGCCACCAGCGAAGUGUCUCGACCAGCGCACAGACCUCCGCGUCCCGCCUGGACAGGCUCGGUGGAGGACCUCGUGGCAGAGGUGAGAGCGCUGGACAACGCUCAACCGUCCAUGCCCGCCGUGGCAUCGAUCCUACGACGCAUGCAGAGCCUGCACGACCAGGGCAAGGAUGUGGGCGUGGCUCUGGACGCGUUGAAGGAGGAGCUCAGCCGAGCCGGCCAGUGCCACCCGUUCAUAUGCAGCGCCCUCAUCGCCCUCCUGGGCAAGCUCCAGCGUACCGACGCCGCGCUCGACCUCGUGACCCGCAUGACCCAGCAGGGCUACGUGCCCGACGUGUUUGUGCUGACCGCGCUGGUGAGCGCGCUGGGCCGGGCCGGGGAGGUGGGCAAGGCGCAGUACUUCUUCAACGAGAUCCAGCGAUUGGGCAUGACGCCCACCCUUCAUAGCUACAACUCCAUGAUCAUGGCCUUUGCGCGUGCCGGGCGCAUAGACAAGGUGCGCGAUAUGCUCGAGGUCAUGAAGCAUAAGGGAAUAGAGCCCGACGUACGGACCUACACGGAGAUCAUCAACAACAGCUGCAAGGCGGGCCGGGUGGCGGAGGCGUAUCAGACGUUCAUUGAGAUGCAGGACGUGGGCGUGCAGCCCGACCUCAAGGUCUACUCGGCGCUCAUCGCCGGAUUCUCUCAUGUGGGCGACCACCUGAAGGCCCAACAACUGAAAGAGGAAAUGGAAGCGCUGGGGCUGGAGGCGUCGAUGAUCACCUACAGUGGCAUGCUGUCGGGGCUGGCGCGCAACCGACAGCUGACGGAGAUGGAGCGGGUGAUCGAGGCCAUGAAGAAGCGCAACAUGGUGCCCAACGCCAGGGCCCUUGGUGAUCUCAUCAACCGAAUGUCGGACACCAUGCCCAUGGACCAGGCCUUCAAUAUGGCACAAGCGCUUGUCCAGAAGAAGGUGGAGGCCAAUGCGGAUGUGUGGCAUGCGCUGCUGCGCGUGUGCGCUAAGGCGGACGAUGUGGAGAAGGGCAUCAGGAUACUCGACGUGAUGCGCAGUCACUCGCCGGAGCUGGUGAGUGCAAGCAGCUACUGCGUGCUUAUCGACACAUUCGCCAAAGCCGGCCGCGUCAGCCGGGGAGCAACGCUGUUGGCACACAUGCGGAAGCACAAGAUCAAACCGGAUGUCUCCAUCUACAACGUCUUCAUAGAAGGCGCCAUGCGAGAGACGGGCUACAGCAAAGCCCUGCAGGUGUUCGAGUUGAUGAAGGCCGAGGGCGUGCGGCCCUCCCACACGACCUUCUCGAUACUCAUCGAUGCUGCCGGGCACGCCGGCCGGCCCGAGGAGGCCGAGGCCCACUUUGCCGCAAUGGGCACGAGCCCGCGGCCCGACACCAACAACUACAACUCGCUCAUCGAGGCCCUCGCGCGCAACGGCCAGCUCGACAAGGCCGAGCGCGUGCUCGACAGCCUGCUGCGCCACACCCACACCACCGACAACCGCGGCAGCACCGACGAUCACGUGGGCCUCGCACGACCCACGGCCAAGUCGUUCAGCUCGCUGCUGGGCUUCUGCCUGGAGCGGAAGGACGUGGUGCGGGCGCGGCGGCUGGCCGAGAAGAUGAGGCGGGCCAGCGUGGCGCCCGACGCCAUCGCCCAGCGCCAGCUCGAUCAGAUCCCAGCAGAGCAGCACCAUCAUCACCACCAGCACCAGCCACAACGCCAGCCCAACACAGCCGACAUCAACAGCAAGCGGCCCUCGCCUCGACCACAACACACGCACCCGCCACGGCGCUACACGAAUCCAAAAAAUGAAAGCAAAUAA